AUGUCAGAAGAGAAACGUAAGUUCAAGUCAGUGAAGUUUUCCCAUGAAGAAGAUAAGCUACUAACCUAUCUAAUUACAGAAUGUAAGCAUACUAAUUGGGUAACAAUUGCAUCAUUGAUGCCAGGUAGAAAUGUACAACAAUGCAGAGAUAGAUGGCGGCACGUCCUCUGCAAGCAUGCUGCAAGCAAAGAAUGGACAGAAGAAGAAAAUGCAUUAUUAAUGCAGAAGUAUCACGAUUUUGGCAAAAAGUGGAACGUCAUCCAAACUUCAUUCCCUAACCAUACUGUUGUCCAGGUCAAGAACCAUUGUAAGCAGUUACUUGCAGAAAAAGACAAACCUAAAGCUCAAAUCAAAGAAAUACCAAAGGUUGAGAUUUUAACCAAAGCAGAGCUACCAAUCCAGAUAUCUCAAAUGCCAACAGAUAAGAUGUUUGAUGAGCUAAUAACAGAUGCACUCAAAACUAAAGGCCCACUCGAUCUUGAUUCCUAUUGGGAUGUAAACGAAUUUAAUGAUACCCCAUUUGGAUUCGAAGAGGCCAAUUAA